AUGGCGAACAGCAAAUUCGAAUACGUGCGCGGGUUCGAGCAGCCCGACAAUCUGAUUCCCAACACCUGGAUCGUAGUACGGAUAGACGGACGUGGCUUUUCCAAAUUCACGUCCAAAUAUGAGUUCCUCAAGCCAAACGACAAGAAUGGCCUUGAUGUCAUGAAUGCUGCAGCUGUAGCGGUCAUGAAGGAGCUGCCCGACCUUGUCCUUGCAUUUGGCAACAGCGACGAAUACAGGACUGCGCCUUAUUCGAACGACGAGCCAGGUCAUAUCAACAAUCUGUACAACACCACUUUCUGGACCCUUGUUCAGCAGGGUGGCAUGGGAGCGCGAGAAGCAGAGCAAAGACUCAAAGGCACAGUGUCAUCCGACAAGAACGAGAUUUUGUUCAAGGAGUUCGGAAUCAACUACAACAACGAACCAGAGUGCUUCAAGAAAGGCACGGUGCUGUACAGAGACGUAAGAGACACUUCAGCACCAUCAAUAUUCACGUCCACGUUCUAA